UCGUGCUCAUCGGGGACUCCGGGGUGGGGAAGAGCAACCUGCUCUCACGCUUCACCCGCAACGAGUUCAACCUGGAGAGCAAGAGCACCAUCGGCGUGGAGUUCGCCACCACGAGGGCCAUCACCUCGGCGUACUACCGGGGGGCGGUGGGAGCUCUGCUCGUCUACGACAUCGCCAAGUACCUGACGUACGAGAACGCCGAGCGCUGGCUGAAGGAGCUGCAGGACCACGCCGAUGCCAACAUCGUCAUCAUGCUGGUGGGCAACAAGAGCGACCUGCGGCACCUGCGGGCAGUGCCCACCGACGAGGCCCGGGGCGUUGCAGAGAAGAACGGGCUGUCCUUCCUUGAGACCUCUGCUCUGGACUCCACCAACGUGGAGACAGCUUUCCACAACAUCCUCUCGGAGAUCUACCGCAUCGUGUCCCAGAGGCAGAUGACGGGGCAGCCCGAGGCGGAGUUCGGCCCCACCACGGCCAUCGAGCCCAUCCGGGUGCUGCCCACGCAGCAGGAGAGCAGGCAGGCACCCUGCUGCCAGAACAUCUGA